UCGGCCUCGAGCCCGCAACGAGUGAAGUUGUGUGAGGUGUAGUCAAGUGCGCGGUGUUGAACCCCCGACGUUUCUAACUGAAAACUGAGCCAGAGCAUGUCCUGACAAGUGGAGGAAGCUGUUAGCAGGUUGCGGGGAAAGAUCCAAGGGGAUUGUCGGAUAGAUAAGGAUUCUUCUCCAAAAUGGCGGGGGGUCAACAGCAGCAAGAACAGUACACGGUACCACAGUUGGCAAGAAUAUUUCACAACCUCCCUCACCUCAACGUGUCUCUUCAUUCCGUGAACAACACUUUCAAUCCACACUCGGAAAUUUAUCUCGAGAGCUUGGGCAUACUGGGCAGUAUCCCGGCAGCUUGGCUUAUUCUCACCCUUCUGGUCCUGCUGGUUUAUCUCGUGACGAGAUGCUGCGAUCGGAAACCAAGACCAAGGAGAUCCAUCGCUCUGUUGAAGUGUUCGCUCGCCAUACUGGCUCUGUUGUGCUGCGGCGCCGUUGCCGUUGGUCUCUACGGGAACGACGACCUCCACAAUGGAUUGAUACAGCUUAUUUCGGCGGCGAAACACGUCGACGGUAUUAUUAUGUCAAUAAGAAAUCAGACUGGCACGAUAGAGGCAACGCUCAAGCAGAAAAUUCAGGUCCAGCUAACAGCUCUCGAAGACGCCUUCGACGAACCGACGAGCAACAAAACCAUGCUGGCAGCUUUGCUCGCCGCCUUGACUAGCAUGAAACUGAAUACAAGCGUCGCCGCUAACCGGAGCAUCGAGAUGAGGAGACCACUGAGUGGAAUUGGCUUGGCUGGUGCCAUUGGAAUGGGGGAGAAAAUCGAGCAGUUAAGGUGGCCGGUUACCAUGGCUGUUCUCAGCGCCCUUCUUGUUCUCUGCGUUGUUUUACUCGUCGGCGUAGCUCGUCACUCUCGAUGCGCCCUGAUCACCUUUUCCGUGUUUGGUUUGUUCGCCGUGAUAGUCUCGUGGCUAAUGGCCUCCCUUUAUCUGGCGACCUCGGUAGCUCUAGGAGAUCUCUGCGUGUCUCCGGACGAUUACUUGACAAGGGCGGUACCCUCGACACUGGCUUCCGAGGUCCUGUCUUACUACACCCACUGCGAAAGUACUCGGAGUAAUCCCUUCACCCAGAGACUGCGGGACGGUCAACGAGCCGCCGUUAACAUGCGGCUGAAUUUGAAUAUCGUUACACGAUUAGCCGACGACUUGUUCAAGAGUCAACAGCUCCAACCGAGGCUCAGCAGCCUCAUGACCGACGUAAAUACCGUCGAUCGUCUAAUGUCGAAUCUCGCUACUAUCCUCGACUGCAAACCUCUGCACAAGCAAUAUGUUAACGCUGCGAAAAGUCUUUGCCACUUAGGAUUAUACGGGCUGACGUUCAUGCUGCUUGCGAGUCUUGCUGCCGGAUUGUUUUUCACUGUCCUCGUUUGGGUCGAUUCGCACACGUGGAUUUACAUACGGAAACGACGCGACUAUCAUCAAGUGGACGAACAGGAUCCGUUCCUACCUCCGUCGGCGGCUUCGCAGGCUAUCGCAGCACGCACUCUUCGUGGCCAAGGGUCGUACCCGCCUACAGCCCCUCCUAGUAUUCAAAUUGGCAACAAAAAUGCUAUUAAGCAGCCCUUGUUGCUCACGCCUCCCCCGCCGUCCUACGCAACAGCUACUGCUCGAGCACGUCAACUGCACGAGAGCAUGCUCAAAGGUGGGGGUGUCAACGGGGGAGGAGCCGGGGACAUUAAAUCGGCUCAGCAUAAUCAGCAAUCGGCAAGUGGACGGGCUGAGCACCACAGGGCUGGGCUCGGAGACCAACCUGGCCAGUACGCGACUUUAAGCAAACAGUGCAAAACCCUUGAAUCUAGUGAUUUCUACUGAGGGCACGCCCCCUCGGGACCUGGUAGAGAACCGCCCUGGACGCCAACCGUCGCGUCUUUCACCGGGACUCUGUCGCACAAUAAUUCGCACGGCCCAGCUCAUCUAGCCACUUUCCAAGACUCUAGAAAAACGCAGACCCUUGAUCCGAAGAACCUGGCCAAUCUGAAACGCGGUCCAACUCCGGCGUGGAAUCAGAACCGACCGUUACCGCCUAAUCCAUCCCAGCCUUCCUGGGAGUUCGAGUCACGUUCGCAGUCGAACAUGAAUCAGUUCAGAUCCCUGGUUAGAAACAAAGCUCCUAAUAUCAGAAUACAAGAUCAGAUGCAGGAUCAGGUUCGUACUUUGGACCGUAAUUUUUCGAGGGGUCAGUUUAAUAACGGUGGACAAAACAACGCGGUACCGAACAUGUAUGGAACAUACAACAGGGCUCAAGCUAGGCAGGAAAAACCCGUUCCCACUUUGAGUCAGGUACAAGGCAGCGAUCCCAAUUUAUAUGCCGUUACCGAAUUGUAAUUGGGAGAAUUUCGUGGGUGUAACGAUCGAUUUGACGAUAGUUGAUUGGAUUGUAGAGUAAAACUUUCGAAGAAACUGAAACAAAAUUUCUCUAUUGAGAAUAAGAAAUUGAAUACAGCUCACGAUCGACAAAUACUGUAUGUGUAUGUGUUACGAACGUGUGCGUGUGUGUGUGCGUGUGUGUGUCUGCGCGUAUGUGAAAAUAUCAAGAAACAUAAUCAAAACAAUCUUCUUGUAUCUCAUUAAAUAACGAAUCAUCGGUAAUACAAUUAAAUAAUUGAAACGAUUUUAAACGCACAUACCGGUUAAAGUUUAAUAAACGGUUUGUCAUACACUCAAUACAAAAUACGUACAUAUAAAUGGGUCGAUGAAUUCGGUAAGGACAAGCAGAUAAAAUAAUACACAUGUUACUUUUCACGGUAAACAAAUGAAUACUAUGUAAUCGGCAAACUGAUAUGGGAGUGAUUUUAACGUUUGAUCGCUUGAAGUACUAUACGGUGAUAUCUCUGGAGUCUUCGGAUUACGUAAUCUAGGCAUAGGAUAUGCGAUUUAUUGAGCGGCGGGGGUUUAUUUCGAGUUGUGAAAUCGUCGUGACGACGAUAGCGUAACGAUAAUGAGGGGGCGAAAAAAUCUUGGAUCUAAUUAUGUGAAAAUAGGUUGGUUAAGUCAUUGGUGAAAGCUUGAUCGAAUAUCAAUAUUGAGAAAAAACCGUUUAACCGUCAGUGGACGGAAAAUGGUAAAAAUACUCAGUGUUCCCGUAUAGAAGAAUCUGGUUGUAGUAGAUUUUAUGGUAUGUUACGUUAUACCGGAGUUAGUGAAACGGACGUUGGAAUUUGCAUGCGUUGGUUUUUGGCGUUCUAUCAGUUCGGAUUCAAAUUUAUACAUAGGUUAUUUUCACGAAAGAUUUCACGCAAACCUACAUAUUUAUAUAUUUCAAAUUAUUAAUCACGUAGAUCACUGAAUAUAUAUAUAUAUAUACAUAUGUAUGUAUGGUAUGUGAUUGGUAAUAUUACGAUUGCACAUUGAUCGGAGUUUGAUUUUUAUUAGUAAUAAGAAAAAAAAAAUAAGAAUGCUCAUUUUCUAAUGAACUGUUGCUAAGAAAAUGUACGUGUAUUUAUACUCCACAAAAGACAUAAUUAUUAUUGAUGACGAGACGUCAUUGUUUUAAUGCAUUUAAAUAUCUUUCGACAAAAAAAUGAAACA